CACACGGUAUGUAUGCUCAUUAGUGCUCACAUUUGUACUUGUCAAAAUGAAGGCUUUACUCAACUACCUUGUGGUCAUACUGGUCUUUCCGUUGUGCUUCUCAGGCCACGCUAUGAAAAGAACUUUACCAGAAGACUGUACAGAGAUUCAGAAGCAGUCACCUCUAGCAUCCAGUGGAGUUUAUGUAAUCCAGCCAGCUGGGGGCAGCACUCGCUUUAAGGUGUACUGCGAGCUGCGUUCAGACGGUGGCUGGGUGGUGCUUCAGAGACGAACUGAAGGAGUUUUGUCCUUUCACAGGGGAUGGAGAGAUUACAAAUACGGCUUUGGAUCUAUGGAUGAUGACCACUGGCUCGGUUUGGAGAAGGUCCAUCUUCUGACCAAGGAAAAAUACAAAAAGUGGACUGUGAGGGUGGAUCUGUGGGACCAUGAAGGUGGCACUGCUUAUGCUGAGUACAACAACUUUAAAAUUGGAAGUGAUGCAACGGCUUAUAGACUUCAGGUUGGGAGAUACAGCGGAACUGCAGGUGACGCCAUCCGUGGGGCCUAUGCAGGCAUCGACCAAAAUGGCUUUGGCUUCAGCACCAUCGACCGGGACAAUGACGGCUGCUCCCCGUGCAUCUUCGGUGACAUCGCUGAACUAGAGUGUGCCUUUUCAGAGGGUGGAGCUUGGUGGUACAGCAGCUGUGGCUCUGCCAGUCUGAACGGUGACUGGCAUCCCUUUGGAGAUCACAUUGGUUGGGCCUCAGGUCUGCACUGGCUCACCUGGAAAGGACCCGCCCCUUAUUCAUUGAAGGCUACCCGGAUGAUGUUCAAAACGGAGUAAUCCCUCCUGUCAGUUGCACUUUGGCAACACAUCCAUCCAAAUUUUUCAAGUCAUGAAAUCAAAAUAAAGGCUGGGAUCUA